AUGCACACGACAAGCCAGAAAAAAGCCUCUAAAAACCUCAAAAAAUUCAAAGUGAAAGGGAACGUGACCACAACGGCACAUGGACAAAUAACUAUUAACGAAGAAAGUGGCUUAGAGCAGGUAGGGAGCAGCACCACAAUUGAUUCUAUGCAAUAA